GGAUUUGCAAGCAUCUAUAAAGGUUUCGUCCGCAACACAAAUAUAGCAAUAAAGCUGUUCCAUCCGAGAAGCUUAAAAGGACAAGCAAGAUUUUAUCAAGAGGUAGUUGACAUCACUUCCCUUUACUAAUUCUAUAGCACCCCUUUUUCGAACGAGCAGUGGCAUAUCUAUUGUUGCACCUGUGGCAUCACUAUCCACUCCUGCAGGUUGCUGUCCUCAGUAGAGCGAGGCAUCCUAACAUCACCACACUGGUAGGAGUAUGUCCCGACAAUUUUGCGCUGGUGUACGAAUUCUUCCCAAAUGGUAGUCUUGAGGAUUGGCUCUCAUGCAAGAAAAACAUGCCACCUCUCACAUGGAAGGCGCGCACAAGGAUCAUUGGGGAGAUAUGCUCAGCUUUGGCUUUCAUCCACUCACACAAGCCUUAUCCAAUUGUUCACGGUGAUCUAAAUCUGGGCAACAUUCUCCUCGAUGCCAAUUUCGUCAGCAAGCUGGGAGGCUUGGGCAUCUGCUACUUUCUCAGAGAACCCGACAUAACAAUCACCAGCCUGCAAAGUCACCCUACAGAGACCCAUAAGGGAACACUCUACUAUAUGGACCAGGGUGAAUUCAAGUCAGCAGCGGAACUCAUGCUGUGGUCCGAUGUGAACUCAUUCGGCAUUAUCAUCCUUCGCCUACUGACAGGGAGAUCACAGCAAGGGAUUGGUGAAAUAGUGGAAGAAGCAAUGGAGAAAGGGAACUUGCAUUCCAUCAUUGACGCCUCCGCAGGGGAGUGGCCUUUUGUGCAGGCCAACCAGAUGGCACAUCUUGGGCUUAGGUGCGUCACCUUGGGCUCGGGGCGCCAGCCAGAUCUCGCAGGGCAAGUAUGGGAGGAGGUCAAGCAACUGAUGAAAGCCGCUUGCCUGACCACCGGACCAUCUCGAUUUGCAUCAUCGACAGAAGAUGCUUCCCCUCCAUCGUACUUCAUCUGUCCAAUUUUUCAGGAGGUGAUGAGUGACCCCCACAUGGCGGCAGAUGGGUUCACAUAUGAAGCCGAAGCAAUCAGGGGGUGGCUUGACGGCGCCAGCACAUCGCCGAUGACAAACCUGAGACUUGCACACCGCAAGCUCACCCCAAACAGGGCGCUCCGUUCGGCGAUUCUCGAGUGGCAACAGAAACAGCAUGGGAGAUGA